AUGAGACCAUUGUUUAUCAUAGGAUUGCCUAAAACUAGACAAACACAGCGAGAGCUGCAAUUGGAGGCCAAACAACACAACGAUAUGUUACAGUUUGGCUUCAAAGAUGAUUACUAUAAUUUAACAUUAAAAGCUAUUUCUGCAAUGGGAUGGAUAGUCGAAAACUGUAACAAAAGUGAUUAUUUAGUUAAAUGUGAUGACGAUGUACUGAUAAAUGUUGAUUUAUUAGACAAAAUAAUAAAAAAUAGACAGUUUGCCGACGGUAUAACAGGUAAAAUGGCCGUAACCCGUAGUAAUCGUUGGACAGGACAUAAGUGGUAUAUGCCUCGGGAUGUCUACACAAGUAGUUACUAUCAUUUUCUCUAUGGAUUUAGUUAUGUAAUGACAAUCAAGAGUGCAAAACAAAUGUAUAAAACAUUGUCUUCAAGUAAUUUCAGUGAACCUGUGCUCGACAUUGACGACCUGUUUAUGACCGGUGUGUUAGCCCAACGUUCCCGAGUCAGGAUAUAUCACGACAAUCGGUUUGAUUACUAUUGUCACACUAAUGUAUGUCCGCUAAACAAUAUGCUUGCAAUACAUGGAUGCGAUUCAGUAAAUAAAACUUUAUACAUAUGGGAUAAAUGGCAAAAAAGUAACGAUAGUCAGUGUUUUGAUAGACGUUUCCCAUUUGAUGUUGAUUUCGGUAAUGACUUUAGAGUCUCAUUCAGUAUUAACUCGUUCAGGGAUUUUGUCAGAAACAUAAGCCAACAGUUUUUUGGACAACCCUUUACUUCAUCUAAUAUUAGACUUUAUAAUUAUAAUUAA